AUGAGCCGAUCACAACUUCUAAUGGUUCUGCAAACGUCUGGCGCAGUGGCAGGCAUUGUAUCGUCCGUAAAAGGACGAGACCACAAAGCACAACCUAUAAAACAACAAGCAAAACCACACCAUCACCAACAACUACCAUAUCACCAUCACCAUCAACAACUUCUACAACAAGUACAUCAACAGCAGACUCCCUCCAGUAGCAGUCACGAACAGGGGUGUUCUGGGAGUGGAGGUCAGCAGUCUGUUGACAAGACGUCCAAAACGGUGGACACCAGCAGAAUGUCCCAGUUGGGACAGGGCCGCCAGCCUGUAAAGUCUGAACAUUUAUUGGAUUCUCCACAUGUCCCUCACCCUCCAGGUCCAUCCCCUCUGGAUUCCAGCGGAACCUCCUACACACCCAAGUCAUCGUCAAGUGCCGGGCCAAUGAACAAGUUUGUCGGCUUAGACUUCGAGAUCCAUCAUUAUCCAGAAAAAGGCAACAUUCAAUCUCUAAACGAUAUCGAUUUACGACUGGAAAACAUAAAUCAAUUUUUUAAUAAACAAGUAUCGAGGUUACAAGGAAAAUGGAGAAAACUGAGUAUCGUGCUGUCAUAAAGUACCUUCAUCUGAAAGACAUGACUCCAUCAGAAAUC